AUUUCAACUUCUGAAGUUGUGGCAAAGUUGGAGGUAGUUCUUCAUUGUAAAUAUAUGGGCUGGUCACAGUGUAAUGGAUGUACAUAAGACGAUGCAGUCAAGGGAUACCCAUGGAGGUAAUUGACACCUUAGAACUACCACUUGUUCAGUCUUUCAAAAAUUAAAGAUGAGUUUACAUUAAACCUGGAAAGAUGUUUUCACAGUACUAUAAUAGCGAUUCAGUGCCUACAGUAAUUGCAUUCAUACUACAAGAUGCCCCUGUAGACCAAGCUGAAACUCACUGCAGAUUGCAUCUGCCAUUAAGGUAAUUUGUCAAUAGAUUAAAAGUAUUAUUCUUAAUGCUUAUAUGCAGCUAUAGGAAAAUUAACAGACCACUGCUAAAUUUUCUGGUUUAACAGAACAAUUUUGUUUAAACUACUGACAAUCAGUGAAAUUGUGGAGGAUCGGUGAUUGGUCUGGGAGUGCUUCAGCCAAGCUGGAAUCGGGAUUUGGUUUUUGUGAAGGACGUAUGAAUCAAGCCAGGUACGCCGUUAUCCUGGAACUUGCUUCCUUCUGCUCUGACAAUGUUCCCCCAACAAACACGGGCUGCUUGCAUUUUUGCACCCGGGAGUUACCUAGUCACCCAACAUUGUUAGACUGAACAUGCCAAGACACAUGAAGCUGUGAUUGAAAAUCAGGGUUACACCACCAAAUCUUGAUUUCUGAACUCUUCCUAAAUUAAACCAUUUUUAAAUAUGAGCUUAUUUUAAAUAUUCAUUAAGGUCUGACAACAUCUUUGACCACUUGUCAUUUUCUGCAAAUGCUCAAUCACAUUUUUAUUUGGGAGAAAUGUCAGAACAAAACAUUUUACCCAAACACCUAUAAAUAAAAUCAGAGAAACUGAUCAUUUUGAGGUGGGCUCUUAAUUUUUUUCCAGAGCUGUAGAUGCUCAUUAAGUCCAGUAGACAUGAGUGCUUUAACCCCAGAAAUGCUCACCUCAGAAAGCCCCUUGCAUUAGGAAGAGCAGGAUGCCACUGGACUGAGGGGAGAUGCAUGUAGACCAUGUCACCUUCCUCCAGCCAUAGAGACAAUGCAUUAGUUAUAUAUCACUUUCACUACCAUUGUUUUGUUCCCUGUUCCACGUAAAAUGGUCGUUGUGGUAUAUUUAAACACCCAUCCAUUAUGGAGAUCUGUGAACCUGAAGUAGUAGACUCUUACACGUGUUGUGAAGAUGCCUGCAUCUAAAGAGAAGCAAGGAGAAGUGAGCACAGUCCAUCUCAUAGACACUGACUAAUGUUAACUGUAGCUAGAUUCAGUGUGUAGAUUAAUUUGGUCACUGGUCAGCUUAUUCAUUACCUGUGUUUGGUAUGUAGGCCGUGCAAAUGUUGGUGGUGACUUUUGUUGUAGACCAGGGAGGUUUUGGUAUUGAGGGGUCCUACGACUCCAUCAGUCAAAACAGCGGAGAAGGACGCAUUUGGUCUGUUAGUGAAUUCAAAGAUUCACUAACAGCACACCACUACCUUCACCACGCUAUAUUUUGAAGCCCAACCAAAGGAAAGUCCAUAUCUUGACAGACCUCGUGCCAGAUUAUGCCAUACUACAAAUGUUGAAACAUGGAGUGUUUCUGUGAAUUUGAAGGUCAUAUCUAAGGUAUUUUAACUGCAUUCUCUCUCUUCAGCUCCUUCACCUUCCUGUCACUGGCACUCAGUCUGUCCUCAAAGGCUGUUUCCAGAAAAUGGUCAAUUAGGGUAUCAAUGUCCUUUUAGACAACACGUGUUCCCACUGUCAAUGUCUGUCAUUGGCCUUCAGGGUUAAAUUGAACAGAAAGGAAAUGAGUCUUUGAAUAGGCUAAGUGGCCACUGAAUCGAUAAGUAACACUUUUAUAACAAGCUUUAAUCUUCUAUCUUGAUCAAGUUACAAAUGUGAAGUAUUCCAUUCCUAAAUACAGUUACUUGCAUUCUCUUUCUCCAGCUAGUCUACCUUUUUCUUCUGGGGCUGCAAUUGUCUUAGUGGCGCUCAGUACCUCUCCGAGAGCCGUCACCUCCUUUUUCUGCUCCUCCACCUCCCUCACUGGCUGUCAUUCUGGCACCCAUGGCAGUCAUUACAUAAGAGAGGAACCGUGAGUGCAUCUCUAUCCACGUUGGUCAGGCCGGUGUGCAGAUCGGGAAUGCCUGCUGGGAACUGUACUGCUUGGAACAUGGGAUCCAGCCCGAUGGGCAGAUGCCCAGUGACAAAACCAUUGGCGGAGGGGAUGACUCCUUCAACACUUUCUUCAGCGAGACCGGAGCGGGAAAACAUGUCCCCCGUGCUGUGUUUGUGGACCUCGAACCAACUGUUGUUGAUGAGGUUCGCACCGGGACAUACCGUCAGUUGUUCCACCCGGAGCAGCUCAUCACUGGUAAAGAGGAUGCCGCCAACAACUAUGCUCGAGGCCACUACACCAUUGGCAAGGAGAUCGUCGACCUGGUGCUGGACCGAGUUCGCAAGCUGUCGGACCAGUGCACUGGGCUUCAGGGCUUCCUGAUCUUCCACAGCUUUGGUGGUGGAACCGGUUCAGGUUUUGCCUCUCUGCUCAUGGAGAGACUGUCUGUGGACUAUGGCAAGAAGUCCAAACUGGAGUUUGCCAUAUACCCCGCCCCUCAGGUGUCCACAGCAGUGGUGGAGCCCUACAACUCUAUCCUGACCACCCACACCACCCUGGAACACUCAGACUGUGCCUUCAUGGUCGACAACGAGGCCAUCUACGACAUCUGCCGUCGUAACCUGGACAUCGAGCGCCCCACUUAUACUAACCUCAACAGGCUCAUUGGCCAGAUCGUCUCCUCCAUCACAGCUUCUCUGCGUUUCGAUGGAGCCCUCAACGUGGACCUGACUGAGUUCCAGACCAACCUGGUGCCAUACCCCCGUAUCCACUUCCCCCUGGUCACCUACGCACCUGUCAUCUCUGCUGAGAAGGCCUACCACGAGAUGCUUUCUGUGGCAGAGAUCACCAACGCUUGCUUCGAGCCAGCCAACCAGAUGGUGAAGUGUGACCCUCGCCAUGGCAAGUACAUGGCCUGCUGCAUGCUGUAUCGUGGGGAUGUGGUGCCCAAGGAUGUCAAUGCUGCCAUCGCCACCAUCAAGACCAAACGCACUAUCCAGUUUGUUGACUGGUGCCCCACCGGCUUCAAGGUAGGCAUCAACUACCAGCCACCCACGGUGGUGCCAGGUGGAGAUCUUGCCAAGGUCCAGAGAGCUGUUUGCAUGUUGAGCAACACCACAGCCAUCGCUGAGGCCUGGGCUCGGCUCGACCACAAGUUUGAUCUGAUGUACGCCAAGCGUGCCUUUGUGCACUGGUAUGUGGGAGAGGGUAUGGAGGAGGGGGAGUUCUCUGAGGCCAGAGAAGAUCUGGCUGCCCUGGAGAAGGACUACGAGGAAGUGGGAGUGGAUUCGGUGGAGGGAGAGGCUGAGGAAGGAGAGGAGUACUGAAUCCUGACCUGAUUGAAAAAUGUUUUACUGUUGUUUGGUAAUUUUAAUAAAAGUUCUGUUUUCA